UGAGCGCGCGGCUCUCUCCUCUCCAGUUGCGCUCAGAGCUGCAGACACUGAUGAGAUGUUUUCCUCCUGAUGUUUGAAGACAUGUCAGCGGUUUGUGUUGGAAGCAGAGGAGGACAGGACGGAGACAUUUAGCACAUCUGUGCUCAGGUGUCAGAGGAAACCAACAUCUGGAGGGAGAGAAAGCCAUCGAUGCUCUGUGAACUGCUUCACAAUCAACUUUCCAGAUGUGAGACCCCGUCAGUCCGGGGUCGUACCAGAUGUCCAACCCGCCCUCCGGACCGGCCCCUCGUUAUGCUGUAGGAUGAGCGCGGAUCUGGAGCGCGCGCCUCUCAGCACACCUGUGAACGCGGCCGGCUUGGCUGGCCGUGCGCUCUCGGCCAACGUCCGGAGGCUCCACAGCGGUCUGAACCAGCUGCUGAGUGAGGUGGAGAGGGAGCAGUUCAUCCACUGUCUGAAUGUUUACCACGCCAAGCGCAACGUCUUCGACCUGGUCCAAACUCUGAAAGUGAUCCUGAACGCGCCCGGGAAGCGCCAGCUGCUGCCCAUGCUGCGCCUGGUCAUCCCGCGCUCCGACCAGCUGCUCUUUGACCAGUACACGUCAGAGGGGCUGUACCUGAGGAGUGAGCUGCUCCCUGAGCCCGGCAGCGCAGACAUAUUUGGGGACGAGGACGACUCUACCCUGCAGACCUAUGUCAGCUCGUUCCGGGCCCCGGCUCCCAGCGCCGAGCCCCCCGCCCUGACCCCGCUCUGCCUCGGAGAGGUGCGCCAAGUCACCCUGACGCGCUCCAGGAGCCACGAGGGUCUGGGCUUCAGUAUCCGCGGGGGUUCCGAGCACGGCGUGGGGAUCUACGUGUCCCUGGUGGAGCCCGGCUCUUCGGCCCAGAGGGAAGGACUGCGGGUCGGGGACCAGAUAGUGGCGGCAAACGACAUGGUGCUGGACAGUGUCACCCACGUGGACGCGGUGAAGGUGCUGAAGGGGUGCAAGACAUUGACCAUGUCAGUGUGUUCCAUGGGUCACCUCCCUGGAGGCGGUAUCACCAACCGUGUGUACAGCUGGGUGGAUCCUCAGGGUCGGAGUGUGUCACCACCACCUGACAACCAGGAGGCCACUCAGAGGCAAGGGCAUGGCAUGGAGGAGAGGAUG